AGGGGGAAGCGGGUAGGUAGGGGGUUCUAUAUGUCAACAUGGCUGACUUCGAUGCGAUCUACGAAGAGGGAGAGGAAAAUGAAGAGCAAAUCCCAGACUCAUUUGUAUCGUUGGUCCCAGACCCGAUUGUUAUUAGAGGAGCAGGAAACAUGACUAUAUUUGGUUUAAGUAAUCGGUUUGAAUGUGAUUUUCCAAAUGGCCUUGUUUCUCGUGUUGCUCCAGAAGAGUACAAAGCAACAAUAAUGAGAGCAAAUAGUGUACUCAAGAAAACACUCCCCGUUAAUGUUAAAUGGCUAUUCUGCGGAUGUGUUUGCUGCUGUUGCACACUUGGAUGUUCACUGUGGCCUGUCAUUUGUCUCAGUAAAAGGACGCAGCACUCAAUAAAUAAACUUCUGGAGUGGGAAAACAGCAGACUCUAUCACAAACUUGGCCUUCAUUGGAGACUCACAAAGCAGAGAUGUGAUUCGUCUUCCAUGAUGGAAUAUGUUUUGCAAGUUGAGUUCAUUCCCAAGAUACCAAUAUAUAAACCAGAUUGAGAUCAAUAGCAAGCAGGUGGUUUUCACUGGAUGCCACUCAAUUUGAGUGUCUGGCAGCUGAGAAGCUUUGUGUUGGGUCCACUUAUUCCAUAGUCACAAAGUAGGAUAUAAUGAAUUUUAUGAAUUGUUAUUUUAUCGCUUGUGAAAGAUGGAUUUUUGGAAAGGAUCUAUUUUGAUUUAGAGCUGGGGAUGCAGUUAUAAAUUGACUCUAUAACUGUUCCCCUUAGUGUAAAAUUGUGAAAGGGAAAUGGUUGUUUGGAAGAUGAUUGUGUGAUGUAACUUCUUCAAUCUUAGUGUGUGUCUGCCAAGUCAUGUGUUCCAGCAUAAGGGUUCAGCUGACUUUGAUAAAAGACGACACUAUGAUGUAUUAGACUGUUACCAAUGUUUGUAAGAAGGAGUUUAAGUGAUGAUUGUUCGUACUGGUGCUGAUGUAGACUAGAAUUUGGAAAUAUUCCAAAUGAAAUGAAAGUUGACUGAUUCUUAAAUGUUUGGGCUGUAUGCUUGUUUAUUUUGUGGAUGUAUGCUCAUUGUAGUUAUGCUGUUAAAUAUCUUUCGCAAAUUUAAAUGUAAAGUAAGCACAAGCUGAUCCCCCCUCCCCCGCCCCCUUUUUCUUUUAGUAAGUAAGCAUGAUUGAUGUAUCACUUGAGUUAUAUAUUCUCCUAUAAACCAGAGAGGCCUUAUUUCAGUGUCAUCUAAAAUUGAUUUCUUAGUGUAACUUAUGGAAAUGCCGCAGCUCACCUGUUUUCCGUUUUUUUGUUUUUUUUUUGGGAGCCACUUAAAUUGUUUUUACAGAACAAAUUUCUUUGACCUUUUCUUCCUGGUGAUUGAAUCCUCUUGUACAGUAUUUAGCCGUAUCAUAAAACAAAAGUGGUUUGUAGACCCAGACCCUAUUGUUUGAAAGGAGCUUUCACUGUAUACGCCGCAUGUUUCAUUUGAUGAGGGAUGAGUAUUAAUGAGUUGUAGCUGUUUUAAAUCAAGCAAGAUAAAUUUGUGUAAAUUUUAAUCUUUUAUGAGCACUUAUUCAGUGCAUAUCGUGUUGGUGUGAUAAGGAUGUAUUCAUCAGUAGAUGUGCAAGAAUUAUUUAUCAAAUAUACCUAUGGAUAAGUUAAAAGCUCUAGAGUAAGCUUUUAAGUUCUCUGUUUGAAGGCAGGACAGUUUGAAAUUAUCCAGUGACACAAGUACUGUCUCAUGAUUUAAUCUUGUUAUUACGGAAGUAUCUCUACCACUGUACUAAAAAAUGUCCGUCCUGACAGGACAUGAGGUGCCCCCCAGAAGGGUACGAGAGCUGCAGGUUGUGACCUGUGAGCUUGCUCUCUCACAGCAUCUCCAUUUAAUAUAUCCUACCUCUCUCGCACACUUCUGGGUUCAUUUGCACCUGUACAUAUUAGUUAACUAUGAUUGCAGUGGCAAAUAGCUUAAAGUCUUAGUGUCAUAACAUGAUUUUGGGAUGUUAAGAUCACAAUACCUCAUAUUGAUUAAAAUUUGAGACCAACCAUUGUGCUGUGGUGUAAGAUUUUCUGGGACCAGUGUUGGAUCAGAAACAAGGAAAAUCUGAGGUCAAGUUCUGCUACUUUACCAAAAUUUUUUGUUUCAUCUGGUGAAGAGAAUGGCUUAUUUUUAGGACAAAAUUGUAUUCUAGUUAUUUAUCUUCUCAGCCAUGGUUGAAAUGCUUAAGGUAAGGAUACUAGCAAAUCCCUUGUGAGUGGAUAAUUUCAAAUUAUGAUCAAGAGAGUCUUCAAUGCUCACAUUUAUUGUAUUUAUCUGCCCUGGCUAUCGAGCUAUGACAGUGCAGGGACAGGUUGUUAUGUGAUUGUAUCUGUUACUCAGAUAAUUAACACAAUUCUGAAAUUUUAGUACUUGUUGAUAAUUUUAGAAAGCUGGGAAUUUGAUUGUUGUGUCUGAAUGAACUCUUGAUUAUGUAUUUUAAUUUCCAUUUUCCAAAACAUAAAUUCAGGCUGGUUUUUUUAAUUAGUCAAAAUAGGGACUUAAUUGUGUUAGUUUCUGCAAGAAGUCCCCCUCUACAGAAGUAUUCUUCUGUCUUCAAUUUAAAAGACAUGAUUUGAAAGUAAGUGGGCAGCCUCAUUAGUGCUAUUAUUAUGUACUUCCAUAUCCGUGGUUAAAGAAACAUGUUGUUCUUGCCUCUUCUUUCUCACUCAUGAGCUUUCUUCUACAACCAGUUUUGUUUCAUUUCCUUU